AUGAAUAGCGACGACGAGUACAAACAAAAUGCGGUUCAGAAGGAAGCAUACAGCCCACCAGCUACAGACAGCAAUGUCGCAGACUAUGCUUACGAUCAAAUCGAGGAGAAGAGGCUGAUUCGCAAGGUUGAUUGGAGGCUUCUACCCAUUUUGGGUGCGCUAUACUCCAUCGCGCUCAUAGAUCGCACAAAUAUUUCCAAUGCACGGGUUGCUGGAAUGGGAGCGGACCUCAACCUACAGAUCGGAGAUCGAUAUACCAUCGUCUUGGUUCUUUUCUUCCCUACCUACUUCCUGCUCGAACUGCCGUCUAACAUCGUUCUUCGCAAAGUUGGAAGCGCCAACUGGCUGGCAUUUAUUGCGGUGUCAUGGGGUGCUGUCAUGAUUGGACAAGGCUUCGUUGAGAGUUGGAUCUCACUCGCCAUCUGCCGUGUACUACUUGGAGCAUUUGAGGCGGGUUUCUUCCCAGGAUGUGUAUACCUCAUCACCUGCUGGUAUCGCAGGUAUGAGACACAGAAACGAUUAGGUGGCUUCUAUCUCUUCUCGGUCGGUAUUGGUGGUCUCGCCAACAUUCUUGCAUACGGUCUCAUGCAAAUGGAAGGCGUCGCCGGUAUUCGAGGUUGGAGAUGGAUCUUUAUAAUUGAGGGAAUCAUCACCUGUGUUGUCGCAAUCACAGCCUGGUUUAUCAUCUUGGACUUUCCCGACAAAGCCGAAAAGAAAGGUUUCCUCACUUCCACCGAGGCGGCUGUUAUCAUGCAGCGUAUUGAAGACGAUCGGGGCGACUCGAUAGCGGAUCCUCUGACAUGGGCCAAGUUCAUCCUACACUUGAAAGAUCUGAAGCUGUGGGCAUACGCCACGCUAUUCAUGUCGACGACUAUGCCAGCCUACGCCUUUAGUUACUUCCUCCCCGUCAUCCUCCUAGGCAUGGGUUACUCCGCUGGUCAGGCUAACGCCCUUUCUGCACCUCCCAGUCUAUUUGCGAUGAUUACAGCUUUCGGUUUCGCAUGGCUAGGCGACAAGUACCGUGUUCGUGCACCCGUCAUCGCUGCACAAUCGAUCCUCGCUAUCAUUGGCCUUAUGAUCGUUGCAUAUGCUGAAAACAACGGAGCGAGGUACUUUGGCUCAUUUCUCGGCGUAUGUGGCUGCCAGGGAAACGUCCCAGCUAUCCUCGCGUACCAGAGUAACAACAUUCGAGGCCAAAGUAAGCGGUCCGUCGGAAGUGCUCUUCAGAUUGGCUUUGGUGCGAUUGGCGGUGUACUCGCAUCAACAACUUUCAAGCAAGCGGAGGCGCCGACGUACAUCACUGGCCUUUGGGUAACGACCGGUCUGCAAAUUUACAUCCUGCUGGUUCUGUGCUGCACUAGUACGUACUUUGUGAAGAAAAACAGAGCUGUGGACCGACAGAGGGCGAAUGGUGAGCCCAUGGACGAGAACGAGGGCCAAGCUGGGUUUAGAUAUACUAUAUAG